CAUUAUCCUCUUCUGAGAGACAUUGAUACUUAGAUACCAAAAUAUGUCCUUCGGUAGUGGUUACACAUAGAUGGUUAUGAACAGGUUAUAUGGGCCAUGAACAGAUAACACUGCAGCUCAUAUCUAGGCCAGCGUCAGGAUUAUACGAAGACUGAACAUGGAGAAGAAAGGGUUUUUGGAGCGUUUGAGAGCGGGAGAAACAAUCUUAGUAGCGGAGGGAUACAUGUGGGAGUUUGACAGACGUGGUUAUCUGAAUCGUGGUCACAAUGCGCCGGAAGUAGUUAUGGAACAUCCUGAUCUUGUAAAGGCAAUGCAUCAAGAAUUUGUUCAUGCAGGGAGUGACGUUGUACUGGCAUUUACCUAUUGUGCUCACCGAGAGAGAUUGAAAUCAAUAAAUAAAGAAGACUAUGUAGAGAAGCUGAAUCGACAGGCUCUUCGAAUAGCUAAAGAAGUGGCAGAAGAAACAGGAGCUCUCUUUGCAGGGGGAAUAUGUCACACAAGGGUCUAUGAUGAAAAUGAUCCUGUCGCUGUGGAAAAGUGUCGGCAAAUGUUUAAGGAAAUGGUGGAGUGGGCUGUCGAGGAGGGAGUAGACUAUAUCACAGGAGAGACAUUUGACAUCGUUAGUGAAGCCCUGUUAGCAUUAGAAUGCAUUCAAAAGUACGGAAAAGGAAUCCCAGCCGUAAUUACAUUUGCACCAUACUGUCCAGACGAAACGGUAGAUGGCGUUCCAAUACCAGAGGCUUGUCGUCGAUUGGAGGAGGCUGGGGCAGCAGUUGUCGGCCUUAAUUGUGCUCGAGGACCCAAAACGAUGAUUCCGCUGCUCAAAGAAAUCCGAAAAACUUGCAAGGGUCCAAUCGCUGCCUUACCUGUACCAUUUCAAUGUCGAGAUGAUUGUAGAACGUUUUACUCAAUCAAGGACAAAGAAUCAGGUGAAUAUUUAUAUCCACGGAAUCUGGAAAGUGCAAGGUGUGGUGCUAAGGACAUUAUAGAAUUUGCCAAAGAGGCCAAGGAGAUAGGUGUACAGUACCUUGGACUGUGUUGUGGGAAUACUGCGGCCUACAUGAGAGAUCUGGCGGAGACCAUAGGGAGACGGCCCCCUGCCAGCAAGUAUUCCAUGGACAUGUCAAAAUCGUACAUCCAGACAGCUAACGCAGAUAAACUUAAUGUCAUGGCAAAGAAAACACGUCUCUAUAUGUAUGGAACAGAUCAUAUGAUUCAAUGAUUUAUAAAUUUAAAGAUGGACCCCGUUCUCCAUUUUAAUUUAUAUAAGAAACGUAUGUACAAAAUAAUCAAGUCAUUUUGAAAUUUUUUUUAUAUUAAAGAGAAUUAAUAUAUACUAAUAAAAAGUAUAACACCCGCAUGCAUUUGUUUGAUUCUGUACUCCUCGGUAAAAUAUUAACAGCAGUGAAGGAAAUACUUCAUGAGAACUAAACAAUUAUACAUUCGAGAAGUAGUGCAAAUAAGAAGUAGAAAAUUAAAAAUUACAAGGAAUAUAUUUAUGGAUUUAUUGUUUACGAAGCUGGUAAUCACCAAGGGUAUGACACGAGAGGAAUGGGUAUUUAAAUCAAACAAUAUUUCU